AUGGCUUCGGGUUCUCACACCGCAUCGUACAACGAACAGAUUCUGCAGCAAGCAGGGUAUCAAGAGGGAGACAGGCUGAUCCUGUACGACGGAGUCUGCAACCUGUGUAAUGGAUGGGUCGACUUUGUCAUGAAGAGGGACAGAGAGGGCUUAUACAAGUUCGCUUCACUUCAGGGAGCUGUUGGCAAGACGCUCAUGAAGAGAGUGGGAAGAGAUCCCGAUGAUCUCAGCACCCUGAUCGUUCUUGAGCCCAUGGACAUCAUCGCAUCACAGCCGGACCUCGGUCGUUUGAGCAGCAGGAAAGAGCUGGUUGUGUAUGACAGGAGCGAUGCAGUCUUGCGGGUGGUGGAGCAAGUGGGAGGAGGAGCUCUCAGACAGAUGGCGCGAUGGGCGAGGUGGGUCGUUCCAAGGUGGUUGAGAAACUUCGUGUACUCGAGGAUCGUAGCUCCCAACAGGUAUCUUGUGUUCGGGAAGCAAGAGACUUGCCGGCGAGUUCUGCCGCAUGAGAAGAAUCGCUUUCUAGAUGUAUAA